GCGGUCUCUAGUACCAGUCUAAAAAUCAUGGCGGGUGGUUCAGCUGGAAAUUGGUGUCUGAUCGAAAGUGAUCCUGCAGUUUUUACAGAACUAAUCAGAGGCUUUGGUGUGACAGGUGUUCAAGUAGAAGAAAUAUGGACCCUAGAUGAUGAAACAGGUCUUGGAAGAUUGAAACCUGUUCAUGGGUUGAUCUUCCUGUUCAAAUGGCAAGCCGGUGAAGAACCUUCAGGGGCUGUGGUCCAAGACAGCCGUAUGGAUAAAAUAUUCUUUGCAAAACAGGUCAUUACGAAUGCGUGUGCUACACAGGCUAUUCUAAGCGUUCUUCUAAAUUGUCAACAUGAGGACAUUGACCUCGGCAAGAAACUCAGCGAGUUUAAGGAUUUCACAAGCAGCUUUGAUCCAACGAUGAAGGGACUAAGCAUCAGUAAUUCAGAAGUAAUCAAACAAGUUCACAACAGUUUUGCAAGGCAACAGAUGUUUGAAUUUGACUCGUCCUUGGCCAAUAAAGACGAAGAUGCGUACCAUUUUGUGGGCUACAUCCCGAUCAACGGCAGAUUGUACGAACUGGAUGGAUUGAAAGAAGGACCAGUAGAUCUAGGUAAAUGCGAUCCAGGAGAUUGGUUGAAGACGGUCAAACCAGCUAUUGAACAAAGAAUUAAGAAGUACAGUGCCGGGGAGAUCCAUUUCAAUCUGAUGGCAAUAAUCACCGAUCGAAGAAUGAUAUUUCAGAAAAAGUACGACAAGUUAAAGGCACAGUUAGAGACAUUAGAAUCACAGGGUGAGUUAAUGGAGACUGACCAAUCAGCCGGGCUGUCAGCCACCAGCAUCCAAUCAGAGCUGAGUAGAUUGACCAUGCUUCUGGAGGAGGAGAACCAGAAAGUCAACAAAUUUAAGGUUGAAAACAUCAGAAGGAAGCACAACUACCUGCCGAUGAUUAUGGAGUUAUUGAAGGUUCUAGCCAGUAAAGGAGAACUACUACCCCUUGUACAACAGGCAAAGGAGAAGGCAAUAGCUCUAUCCAAGGAGAAAGAUGAAAAGAAAAAAGUGGAGGCUGCAAAGUGAGGAACAUAAACCUACUCUCUUCUUUCAGCCGCCAUGUAUUCCCAACCGACAAUUGCGGCCGCAAACAGCUAGCUUAUACCAAUAUGCCUACAGCAGCCACAAAUGGCUGCAAGAUUUGACCUACUUCCACUCAACAAAAAAAGUGUAAAGGUUGUAAAAGCAUCAAUGCUUAACGUUUUCCAACGUUUUCCAUGUCAAUGUAGUAUAUAUAAAUAAAAUAAAAUCUGUUUUAUUCUGUUUUUCUUGGAUGGGAACAAUUGUGUUAAAAAAAACACAGGCACAAGUAGUGUCUAAGUGCAUUGUGAUGAUGCUACAUCAAUGAAGGAUCUUUGAUUAACACUUCACCAUGCAGUUUGCAAACACGAAACAGCUGUACUUAGGCAUGCAACUUUUCAGCUGAUGAGCUGAUUUCUUCCUUUUCCUUUUCAAAACAGUGUCAUAGACAAGUGAAAAACACGGUACAAAAGUUAUGUGUUCAGCCGUUUCCCUUUUUUGCAAUUAAAACAUUAGCUGCAUGUCUGUCAUAGAGUUAUAUAUAAGAAAUAGAGGGCGCACUGGUGAUGCUUCUUGCACAAACGCGAAGGGACCGC